AGAAGCUCUCACCGCACGCACGUCCCCUCCCUUCCCCCCCUCCACUUCCUGGGGCGUCGCAGAUUGUAUCGCGUGAGAGCCGCGGCUAAUUAGAAGGCGGAAGUGACGGCCGCUUCGCAGACCCCCGCAGCUGCUACGAGGCUGAAGCCGGAGUGGAUUGCUCCUCUGGAGAAGCUGGUUCCUCACUUCUCAGGUAUCACCGAGAGCUCAGCAUCAAGGCUGAACGGUACCGUUUAGAAGAAUGGAAGCAAACACACCUGUUGAAAUGUUUUCAAAAGUCCUAGAGAAUCAGUUGCUUCAGACCAGCAAACAAGUGGAAGAACAUUUGGAUUCGGAAAUUCAGAAACUGGAUCAAAUGGAUGAGGAGGAAUUGGAGCUCCUCAAAGAAAAGAGACUCAAGGCACUGAGGAGAGCUCAACAGCAGAAACAAGAAUGGCUUUCAAAAGGACAUGGGGAAUACAGAGAAAUCCCUAGUGAGAGAGACUUUUUUCAAGAAGUCAAGGAGAGUAAACAAGUGGUUUGCCAUUUCUACAGAGACUCCACAUUGAGGUGUAAAAUACUAGACAGACAUUUGGUGAUACUGUCCAAGAAACAUCUUGAGACCAAAUUUUUGAAGCUGAAUGUGGAAAAAGCACCUUUCCUUUGUGAGAGACUGCAUAUCAAAGUCAUUCCCACGCUAGCACUGGUGAAAGAUGGAAAAACCCAAGAUUUUGUUGUUGGAUUUUCUGACCUAGGAAAUACAGAUGACUUCACCACAGAAACUUUAGAAUGGAGGCUGGGUUGUUCUCAUAUUCUCAAUUACAGUGGAAAUUUAAUGGAGCCACCAUUUCAGAGCCAAAAGAAAUUUGGAACAAACUUCACAAAGCUGGAAAAGAAAACUAUUCGAGGAAAGAAAUAUGAUUCUGACUCUGAUGAUGAUUAAUUCUUUAUAAAUCGUCUCCUGACUUCAGAAUUAGAUGUGUUUUCUAAAUUCUGUUGAUUUCAGUACAUUCGUCUCCUAAUGGUCACAUUCUAGAGUUUUAUGCAGUUGCAUCACAUUGAAAAACAUCUGUGAUAUUUUCUUUGUGGAGCUCGUGUUUAAGUUGAGGAAAACUUCUGAGUUCUAAAAUUAUCUGAGGAGGGUCUGGAUUCUCUAUUUUUGAGAUUGGUUUUAUCACAAUAUGAUUCUUACAUUUUUAUACCAUUCACAAUUGUGUUUUUAAUCUACUGGAUUGGAAAUAGAAAUUCAGCACACUAUUCCAGGACUAAUUCUUACCCAGCAUUAUUUACUUUAUAAAGAGGUCAAGUAACAUUUACUGGUGUAACAGACUGCACUUGUAAAUGAUUAGAAACACUCUUUACUUCUGGAAUACAUUUAAGUAACUAUUAAAGAACUGUAUAUAUUCUGUAUGCUGCAUGGUGUUGUUGAGUCAACUGAUGGCAACAGCAAGCUUUUUCAGGUUGUGAACAUACUGCCUUAUUUAAAGGGUCUUGAUUGCUUGUAUUUUAAGACAUGUAUUAAACGAUCAAGAAGCACUUUUGAAAUGGCAACGUGAGGAGACGUACAGACCCCUCAGUGAAACAGUCAUAACUGGUAAAUAUUUUUUUAGAAAUUAAAGUCUCUGGAAAUUG